CGCUUAAUGGUUUAAUAAGUGGACUGUAACCUAUAAUUAAAGCGUCUGUUUACACUGAGCAGAAAAUAAACUUUUUAUUAUAAAGUUUAAUAUCUUGUUUUGUCAUUCAUCAGACUGCGAUGCUGUUCACGUCUAUGGAAGUGGAUGGACAAGGCGGUUGGUUUGAUGUUCUCCAUACUGAUGAGCCAGAGAAAUGGCAGGAUGCUCUAGUCUGGAUCAAGAACUCCGUGAUUGGAAACAACAAACAGAAACUCAAUGCAAUCAACCAUGGUGUAAUACCAAGGCUUCUACAAUGGUUGGUUGAUAAAGAUGCACCACAGCAAAUCAGGACAGAUGCUGCCGUUGUCAUGGGAUCCAUUGCCAAGGGCACACCAGAAAAUAUCAACACGCUGGUAGAGGAGGGGUGUGUCUCAGUAUUGCUGAAAGGCCUAUUCAGUACAGACCUGCCUUUUAUUGAGGCAUGUCUGAGAUGUCUGAGGACCAUCUACAUGAGCAACAAUAACUGUGUGAAUCUCAUCUAUCAGGACCCAAACAUUUUGGCACACAUGGUCAAUAUUCUGCCCCAGUCCUUGUGUACACAGGAGUGUGUUGCCAACAUUCUAGCAAAUGCUUGCAAGUGUGAAGACCACCAGGCACGGCUAUGUCAGAGUGGAAUUAUCCCUGUACUGGUUGAUCUGCUGGCGGGAAAUGUUUACAAAGUCCAGAUGCCAGUCCUCAAAUGUUUAGCUGUUAUUGUAAAGGACAGCGAGGAAAAUUGUGUGGUUUCUUAUACAGCAAUGCACAAUGAUAUUCCACUACCAGAUAUCUUAGUCACACUUCUACACCGAGACAAGACAUCUGAGAUGCAGAUAAGUGCCGCUAAAGUCCUAGCUUAUAUGUGUGGGGGUGGGGCACUGAGUCCCCAAGACCCCAGGAUAGCCAUGAAGACUCUACCAUGUCUUGUGCGAAUGUGUAGCAAAGAUCGUACACUGGAAGAGAACGUAGAUGGUGCUGAGACUCUCGGCUAUCUUCUCGAGACAGAUGCUGAUCUGCAGAGAACCGCUGCUGUAUCUGACCACAUCAUCAAGACACUUGCAGACUAUCUCAAGUACACGGAUGUACAGCAGAUAAAUAGGGCUGGCAAGAGGAGUGAUAUUAAUUGGAGUAGCGAGAUGAAGCAGGCAGCAUUUAAGGCCUUCGCUGCUUUGGCUGCCAAUGAAGAGAGCAUCAGGAAACAGGUGAUAGAAACAGAAAAUCUAAUGGAAUACGUGGGGGUAGGAUUGAACAGCGGGAACAUGAAGCUUGCUGCUGCCGCUAUUCGAUGUCUUCACAGUCUGUCACGGUCGGUACAGCUUCUCAGAACCACAAUACAGGACCAUGGAGUGUGGAAACCUCUUAUGAAGAUAAUCCAGGAAGGUCCAGAAGAGUUACUGCCCAUUGCUUCAUCAACUCUUUGUAACCUUCUUCUGGAGUUUUCUCCCAGUAAAGAGUGUAUCUUGGACUGUGGAGCCAUCAACAUUCUGGUUGGUCUAGCAGGCAGACAGGACCCGGGACUGAGGCUUAAUGGCAUCUGGGGACUCAUGAACCUAACAUUUCAAGUGGAACAGAAAGUGAAAUCUUGUGUUGUGGAGGCCAUUGGAACAGAACAGCUUUUCAGGCUUCUGUCUGACCCGGAUCCAAACAUUGUCAUGAAGACGCUUGGACUAUUGCGAAAUCUUUUAUCUAACAAACUGCACAUAGACAGUAUAAUGUUGGUAUAUGGGAACCAGAUAAUGCAGGCUGUUAUCUUCAUACUGGAGGGAGAACACCCACCACAGGUCAAAGAACAGACCUUGUGUAUACUGUCCAAUGUUGCGGAUGGCGACAAAGCGAAGGACUUCAUCAUGGGCAAUGAGGAUGUACUUAAAAAGCUCAUGAACUAUAUGUUACACCUGAAUGUGAACCUCCAGAUAGCAGCCACCACGUGUAUAUCGAACCUGGUCUGGAAUGAGGAGGAAGGAGCCUACACCAGGCAGGCUAAGUUAGGAGAGAUGGGUAUUAAAGCACUGCUUCAGAAGCUCCUUAGUACAACUGACUCUGUCCUCUUUGAAAAGGUGAAGACAGCCUUGCAACAGUUCACAUGACAGAGAGUGGUGUACAGACUUGACCUUUGACCUUGACCCAAUAUCUUGACCUUUGACCUUGACCCAAUUAAUUGACAUUUGACCUUGACCCAAUUUCUUUAAAUAUUGUAAAUCUCAAGGGUUUCAAACUUUCAUCUUUUUUUUUUGUUUUUGCAAAAUUUUGUAUACAUUAACUUAAUCUAACCUAAUAGCAAAUAGUUCAUUGUGAUUAUCAUAAAGAUAAUGUCUUUUUUAAAACCUCAGAACUCUUCAAAAUGAUAAUAUGACACACACUCCUGUUUUUAGGGACCUAAGGUGAUGGAUAAAAUUUAGGCCCUGACGUAGAUGGUAAAAACUUAUAUUUUGUGUUUAACAGUCUGUGGAAAAAGAGUUUUGGGUUCUUAAAUUCCUUUCAAACUUUGUUAUGUCAUAGGAAUAUUCAUGUAGAAUUUCAAAGAAAACCUUUGUUUACCAUUGAAUGUUUAGGAGUGCUGGAAUUGUGCUUUAUUGAGUACUACAUGCAUAUUUUACAGUGACAUUGUAUCAAAUGUUGAUGAAUUAAUGUGAAUGGUAUUGUUAGGACUGUUUUGAAGACCAUAUGUGUGUCUGUAUAAUUAAUAUGACAAUAAAAGAGAUAUGUACAAAUUGUAAAUUUGAUGUCAUAUAAUUUAUGUAAGAAUGAAUGUUGUUCAGUAUGUUGUUUAGCAUAAAUACUUACAUUUGGAAAAAGUUUUAGGAAGAUUUGUUCUAGUGUAAAACUAAAAUGUGUUCAAACAUUAAAGCUUUGUCUUAUUCACAGGUUUCCAGCGCUAUUACUUUUCCUACUUUUUCCUGCCUUUUCCUAUCUUUUUACUACCUUACUCUUCCUGUUUCCUACUUUUCCUACCUUGUUCUACAUUUUUUUCUACCAUUCACUACCAUUUUCUUUAUUUUCCUGCCUUUUUCUACCCUUUUCAUACCAUUUUCUACCCGUCCCUACGUUUUCCUAGCGUUUUUUUUAGCUGUUUCCAACUAUUCCUGCUAUUUUUACUUAUCCUACCCUUUUUUAAUAAGCCUCCUUCUUUCCUACUUCUUGUUAACACCUCCUGUUAAUCAUACUUUUUUAUGGAAAACUCAAUUGUGCUCGCUGAAAACCUGAUGAGUCCAAAGCGAUGCAUAUAAGUUGAUUUAAACAUUGUAUUUAGGGAUUGAUCGAGUUUUUUUCUUGCGUUUAUGCUGUAUGAACGCAGUAGGGUACGCGAGCAAAUUCCAUGAAGUGCACUAGCGACCAAUACUUAUAUUUAGAUUAACAAAAACAUAAUAUUUGCGAUUGAAAAUAAGCAUUAUCUUCUGAAUUUAAGUAUUUGUUCUUAAAGAAGUGCAACCGACAACAUACGUUUGUAUAAAGGAAUAGCUGUUUUUUGUAACGUCGUAUAUUAUUGGGUCAAUGACGUCGCGAUUAUCCAAUCGGAGCGCAAUAUUGAAGAAACAAUUACAUCAUAACUACUUGCGGGUUAUUCAAUAUGAACGUCAAGUUUUACCUAUACAAAAAACACGGCGAAUGUAUAUAUAAGAUAUAUUUUCUACUUUUUUUUGUCUAAAAAAACUUUACUUUCCUUCUUUUCUAUGAGUCAUUAAUUGAAAAAAAGCCUAUUUACAUCUCUCUCCUAAUAGCUCCUGAUUUUCCUACUUUACUAUGGGACACUUCACCUGUUAAGACGUAAAUUUAUAGCUUAUCUUUAGUUUAAAUGGUGUUUAUUGUCUUAUUUAUGUACCAGUUGAACAUGAACAUAUGUGAACAAAUGUUUUGCUGUAAUAAAU